AUGUACGGACACGAAUCACCGCUCCCUUGGAGCACACCUCCUCGACGGAGAACAACUGCUGCAGGAGCAACAACCAACGACGGCCCAGAUUCAUCAUCAACAAGACGAUUCUCUGCAGGGUUUACCUAUGCUGGAAUGGAUGGUUCUGGUUCAACUUCUUCUGGGGGGUUCACGAAUAUCGCUUCUGGGGGUGCUACAGGAGGACAUACACAUUCCGGAUCGCAUGGUGGCUACUCGUCAAAUGUGCCAGGGGGAAGUGGUGGCGGUGGGGCACCCGUCGAGAGGACAAGCAGAGAUAAAGCAAACCAGAUAGUGCAGGCAUAUUUUGGGAAGGCCGCGAUGGUAAUUUUACACGCAAGAAUGGUCCUGCCCCCAACAUUUUCACCAAAGAGUGGGCAAAAGAAAGUCAACAGAUGGUUUAAUAUCGAGCUUGAUGAGACGGACGCAUUUCGAGAAAUCCUCGAAUUAUGGCGUAAGGGGGAUUGUUUUGAACCAAGACCUCCUCCAAUGAUAAUAGAAACAUACCUAGACGCAACAGAUUUGACAGCAAACCAAUCAUUAGUAAUUCUAGAUGGAGAAGGAAAGAGAUGGAACGUAAAUGAAGCCCUUGAUACAGCUGCAGCUGUGGCCGGAGUAAACAAUACAGAAUCGAGGAAGGCUGGGCGUGGUGGUGGAUCGCGCCACGAAGUGAUUUUGGAGAGGUGGACCGUAGAUUUGAGCCCUCCAUAUGAUAUCGCCCUUGCACCAGAGCUUCCAGUAGUAUAUAAAAAGGGUAUCAUACUCUUCCGUGCAUUGUAUGCUUAUGCAGGACUUAUGCCAACCUGGAAGUUUCGGCGGCGGUUGUCGAAGGUUAAACUCAAUACCAGUACGUUGAAAGUACCACUAUAUGAAGGCGAUAAAGAAGUAACAGAUACAUAUUCUUUCCCAAGGGUCGAAAGUCCAGCGGGGUGUUUUGAUAUAUCUGUGGAGUUUAGGAAAAAUUGCGAGUUUAGGGUUGAUGACUCUGAAGCCCUACUGAGCUCGCAUUUUAUAAAUCUUGAUGAACACUAUUUUCGGCCAUCAUUAACACAAAAAGCCCCUUCACAGCAGCCUCUUGGUUACGCCUCUGUUGGAAAAGAAAUGAAUUCGUUGCCUUCAGCUAAUACUCAUCCACCACCAAGACCGGACUAUAAUCAAACAUAUGGAAGCUUAUCCUCAUUUCAUCAUCAGGGAACAGUUCCUUCGGGUGCUAGCCCGAUAUCCGCUUUGAGAACUGCUGCAGAGCUAGCCGAUAGGGCUUCAUUGAAUAGUUCGCCUAUCGAACGACCUCCCACUGGGCUGCGGUCAAUACAGUGUUCAAAGUCAUCACUUCGAAGCUUUGAGGGUGUACAACGUCGACCUUCAGUAUCUUUUAUGCAGCCAUUCAAAUCGCCUUCAUUGUCAGCUUCGCCCGCAAACUCGGAUCAGGUGGCAUCAUCACCACGCACGUCGUUAAGUCGAAUCAUGACCCCAGUAGCUCCUAGCCAUCGGCAGCGGCCAAGCCUGGGAACGAUGUCGCCAACAUUUAGGAAUUCUCCUGGACUCCCCGAUGGGACACCUAACCAAACACCUAUGCCUGUAUCUUCUUUUCCUGGGUCAUCUCCUCUCGCUCAAGGCCAGCCUAUUACGCGUAUUACAAGCAGUUUCGGCCAACGUCGGCCAAGGAUUAUUUCUGGAGCAAGCCGGACUGAUGAUGACAAUACAAGCAGUGGGAAAGCUAGCUAUAGCUCAUCGGCUGCACCCGGAUCAGGGCUUUAUUUGGACGCUGGGGCCAACUCUACUAUGGACGAGGACCUUCAAAUAAGGGACUUUAUGUCGAUGCUGGCGGACGGCCAAAGACAGACACUCAAGAGUUUUCAACCUAGUGGAAUUGCUGGUGAAGGUUCAAGUAAAAGGGCAGGAAAUGCUUUAUCAAAGUUUCAGAAAAUGAGAGACUCGCAAAGUGCUCUGGCAGACUCAAUGUCUUCGUCCCUAUUGCUGCAGCCUUCACUGGGUUCGCCCUCGACAUCGAGCAGGCACUUGACGAAUGUCCCAGUAAUGGUGCCAUCGACAGCACUCUCAUCAUCUUCAUCCCCUGGAAAACCAAUAUCUCCACACACCCCACACACCCCACACACCCCACACACCCCGGCAAUUCCAUCCCGACUUAGCGAAGGUCUCACUGCACAGUAUGAUCAACGCCGACAUCGUUCCCCGCUCCCGCCCCGUGGGGGGCAGCAAAACAAUAUGGAGAGCGCUAUUGGCGAAAGAAGACAGGAGAUUGACCAAGAGAUGACUACGGCCUCUAAGACAUCACCACUGGAUAUUCCCAAUUCACCCCGUCCCUUCCCACGUAGAUCAAACUCUAUGUCUCAACCGCCCGAAGACGGCGGUGCUUCUCUCGACUUCGAUCCGACUGUCGCAUAUGGUCCAAAUCAGCGUCAGAGUGCUAGUUUAGGGAGUGUAAAUAUGGUCCCACUAAGUCUAAGUCGGCUAUUAGACCUACAAAAUGCGUCUGAAACAGCUAUUUCUGGUAGGGAAGACUCUGGAGAACUUUGUGAUAAUGGCGGCGAUGAUAUUUUGGCAUUUGGACCGCCUGGACCUCCAUCUAUAGAUUCUGCUGAAGGGGAAAGACCUCGAUUCCAGCAGAGGUAUACAAGAGGAAGUACACCUUCCGGCCCUGGAUCUUCUGGUCAAACCUCGCGAGGUAGAUUAAGUCGGGGACAGCCCUCAGCUGGUUCAUCUAGCCUGAUAAGUGAACGUAUUAACAGUGGGGCGCCUGCUAAUCGGAUGAACGGGCCGUCAUCUAUUGAAAGAAGAACGCCGAGCUAUAAUCAGGAUGACGAAUUGCUUUUUGACAUGAGCGACAUGACUGGUACCCAUCAGUCAACAAGGAGGAGCUUAGAACAGGGGAGCGGGGGCAGAGAUGUAUCUGCAAGUUCUCCUGGUAGACGGGGAAGUCGUGGUGGUCUUGGUGGUAGUGGAAGUAUGGGUAGAGGUGAUUGGAGUUGA